UGUACAAUCAGGGAUUUCGAUUUUGGGAAUUCCCGAUUUCGGGAAAUCAAGAAUCGGGUUGGCAAGAUCCCUGAUAUGUGCGCUCGUCCCUGAAAGAAUACACUCAAUACAAGAUACACCUCGUUUACUUUACGUCCAUCUUAAUAUUACCCUACACCAGGGGUCGGUCUUAACUGGUGAAAAUGUCGGAAAUCGGAACUGUAGGAAAUCGGGAAGGGCUUUAAACAUGAUACUAGGAGAUGAGAUUUCUGAAUGACCUCUGCCCAAAACCGUUGGGUGUGGAAGUUGUCUAAGCGAUACCUCCAAUUCAACUCCAACACAUUAUAAGAUAACUGUUCAGCCCCAAAGGUGUUUGAGGUCCAAAAUAAUUAACUUUAUAAAAAGAUGUUUAUUUUAUUAAUUUAUCAAUUAUUGAUAAUUAUAAUAUCAUCAGAAGCUCAGUUUAACUUGAAUCAACUUGGACUUGGAAAUUUAGGAGGGGCAUUGAAUGGGUUACUUGGGGGAGGACAGAGACCGCAACAUAACCCUCAACAUAACCCUCCUAAUCAACAACAUAAUGGUACUUAG